UUCCGCUCAGAAAGCGCCCUAAUCUAGGAUCACUUACUGAAUCCAGAUGUCUACAACCCACUAGCAUCAAACAAGAAGGUCGUAAGCCGAAUCAAAUCCGUGAGCCUCUUUGUUUUAUAAGGCUGCGAUCGCGGUGAUCUGCGGGGACGUCGCCAGCCUUUCCGACCGCCCAAUCAGCUGACCUGUUGUCGUGGCGGGGUGUGACAUUCCCAUCAAAGAAACCGGUUCGGGCUUUGAUAAUAAGAACCUGCAACCUGAUAUAUCGACGAUAUUAAUUGCCUAUUCAAGAUGGGAAAUGUAGCCAUCUGACAAGCCAUGCUUAUUCUCCUCUGCCAUGUCUGGCUCCAAGUUCCCGCGCCUUCUGGCCCCUGCACCACCAGGUAUUAAUGAUGCCAUCGAGGGUGACGGGCGGAGGAGGAAUGUCGGAGUCGCGUGUUUGGCGUGCAAAACGCGCAAAUUGAAGUGCUCCAAUGAGCAUCCGUGCAGCAACUGCCGAAAAAACAACAUCGAAUGUACGAUAAACAAAGACAGCGACAAACGCCGCCGGGACAACCUGAAACGCAAGAUUGAAGUCCUCGAAGAAAAAGAAGAUAUCCUAAUCCGUCUGGUCGACACGCUGCGCGACAGCGGACAAAAUCGCACCGCUCAUCUGCUCAACUUUAUUCGCGGAAAUAACUCCCUGGCCGAAAUCAAGCGGUACAUCGAUACGCAUCUGUCGCGCUCCGAGUUGGAGAAAACGCCUGCGCUCAUCGAGGUUCGCAACGAAGUCGAGCGGCGCCUACAGCAGUCCGGCCCCCCGACUACGCGACGCAUGCUCGAUGCAAAGCGAUUAUCCGACACUUCAGUGUUCAAGGUCCCCGCGAAACCGUGGACCAGCGUUGUCGACAAUGAUGAUUUUGUGUCGCAUCUGGUGUCGCUGUGGUUUACGUGGUUCCAUCCGUUCUGUAACUGGAUUGACCGGGAUACAUUUAUUCGCUAUAUGAAGAUGGGAAAUGUGAGGUCUCAGUUUUGUUCGCCGCUCCUGGUGAAUGCGAUUCUAGCUGAUGCAUGUGCCUACUCGGAUUUUCCAGAAGCUUAUGCCACACCUGGAGACCCAGCAUCCAAAGGCGCACACUUUUACAGCGAGGCGAAGCGGUACUUGGACGAGGAAGAGGGUAAGAUCACUCUCCCUACUGUCCAGGGAUUAGGGGUGAUGUGGAUAUACACAUGUUUGGCCGAAAAAGAAAGAAGCCGUUGGAUCCACCACAAUCAGCUUAUACACGCCGUCCAGGAGCUAUCUCAUCAAAAUCCACCGCACCUCGGCAAUGCUGACGAAAACGCCAUCCGCCUAGCCCGGGUAGUCAACCACACCAUCUGGGGGUUGUACAAUGUCAACACGAUGUACUCAGCAUGGUACGGCAAGAUCCCUUCCAUCAACCUACCGCAACGUCCGUUACCAUCAUCAGAAAUCAAUGUGCAUGACAAUGAUCUGUGGUACCGCUAUCCAGUCCGGUCGGAUGGGGUGCAGGCCCAUACGAGAUGUCUAUUCAGUGCCUUGUGCAGUCUGAACCAAAUCACCUACAAUAUGACGCGCAUUUUCUUCAAUACCGAAUACAAGCUCCCCUGGUCUGAGAUAGAAUUCAAGGCAGAAGAACUCCACAGUCGACUGCGCGACUGGAUGAUUCACCUACCUAGUUGUCUGAAAAACGAAACUAGCUUUGACCUUCCCCACGUUCUGUCUCUUCAUAUGUACUACCACUCCAUGAUUUUGAGGAUGUUCAGCAUCAUUAGACGAACCACAAAUAUCGAUGCCCGCCAACGCGCCCACGAAACCUGUCUUUCCUCCGCCCGAACGAUAUCCAAACUCAUGCACCUGCAUCGCUCCGCCUGCGGAGCCGACCAUAUCCCCGUUCUCAACUUUCAGUGGGUCACUGACGCACUUCUUAUACUAUUGGAUCGCCUCAGCGACGCCAAGGACCGCGACGCCUUCAUCAACCUGAAUGUCGCAGCUAAGGCACUGGGCCGGCGAUGGCCACUAGGAAAGAAGAUGUUGCGCCUGGUUCAGAACCGGGCGGAGGAGAUGAGGAUGGGGGUACCAAAGGAGAUGGGGGUGUUGUUUUCUUGUUUAUUCGAGUCGUAGUGGGGCAUAAUGAGGUUACUUAUUCACUAUAGACAUGCUUAGUCGUCAAAAGGUUUGACUAGAUUAGUAUAUAGAGUAUUGUAGAGUACAUUUAGCUAUCUGGAUUAAUGGUGCUGUUAGUCUACGUCACAGUGAGCGUGUCAGUCAGAUUAACAGUCAUAUCAAACAAUAUCAGCAAUAGGAAU